AUGGUUGAGCCUAGACUAAUCCUAUUUCGGUUGUCAAACCUAGGCGAGCCAGUCAAUAACGAAAACAUCAGCAACGGUGUGUUGACUCUUCCCGCCGAUGACUACCCGGAAGGCUUCAAGAAAGGCGAUGCCUUGUUUGAGUUGGAGUUCCGCUUGAAUGCCGCCAGUCAGGUUUCAAGAAAAGGAACUUUUUACACCAAUGUGCCCAAAAGCUACAACGAUGACUUUGACAGACACAAGCACUAUGACUAUCCCAUCGAGUCGUCUUUCCACGAGGACAUUUCAAUCAAGAUCCCCAUUUUCAAAGCUGGAGCGUACAACUACUACUUUACAUACGAGGACGAAAGUGGCGAAAAUAAAAGCACCGAUAAGUUUUACUUUGACGUGCCUCCACACUUGGAGCUCGACGGCAAGUUUGUUCCGUUCAACGACAUCAAUGUUGAAACGGUGGUUUCGAAGUGGAUGGGCCCUUACGAGAGGUGGAACACUAUACUCGCAAAUGUCAAGGCCAAAGGCUACAACAUGGUGCAUUUCACUCCGUUGCAGGAGCGAGGAGAGUCCAACUCGCCAUACUCAAUCUACAAUCAGUUGAAAUGGGACCCCGAAAUUUUCAAGAAGCAAGACGAGGCCAGUAAAGAGAUCCACAACGUGUUGAGUGAAAACUCGUUGUUGAGCAUCACAGAUGUCGUGUGGAACCACACGGCAAACAACUCGCAAUGGUUGAGAGAAGCUCCAAACUCAGGUUACAAUCAAGACACGGCACCACAUCUCAUUGCUGCAAUUGAAUUGGAUGGCAAGUUGUUGCACUUUAGUGACCACUUGGAAGAGCUCCAUUUGCCAACGGAUAUCAAGAACGAGUCGGACCUCAGUCAGAUCCUCGCUGGAAUCAAUACCCAUGUGCUUGACGUACUCAAAUUGUGGCAGUUUUACGUUUUCGAUAAAGCGAAAACGGUUGAUGCAUUGAUUGCCACCUUCAAGGAGAGCAAAGGCGAUAUCCAAAAGGCUGAAAUCCCAGAUAGCGUCGACAAGAAUGACUUGAACCAGAUUUCAAAAUUCACUUUGGACUAUGCCUAUGGAAAGAGCCCCGUCUUGGGUCGUCGAUUCGAGAAUGCCUUGGACUCGGCCAAGUUCUUGAGUGUCUUAUUUGGCGCCUUCAACGGCGACGCUAUAGACGAAAACGUGAUCAAAUUUAAAGCAGAGGAAAUCAUCGACGCCAUAAAUGCUCCAUUAUACGGCAGCUACGAUGACGACAUUAAGACCAUCAAGCAGCAGUUGGCCGAUAGGAUCAGAUUCUUGAGAAUGGCCGAUAAUGGACCAAAGUUGGGCAAAGUCACCAAAAAGGCUCCCUUGACCGAGCCCUACUUUACGAGAUUCACCGACACCAAGGGCAAAAAGCAGGCACUUGCAAACAAUGGUUGGAUCUGGGCCGGUAACCCAUUGGUUGAUUUCGCUUCAAAUGCGUCCAAGGCAUAUUUGAGAAGAGAGGUGAUUGUUUGGGGCGACUGUGUCAAGUUGCGUUAUGGUGAAAAGUAUGAAGAUUCGCCCGAGCUUUGGGACAGAAUGAUAAAGUACACCAAGGAGCUGGCCGAGGUGUUUAACGGCUUCAGAAUUGACAAUUGCCAUAGUACACCCUUGCAUGUCGCCGAAAGACUUUUGGACGAGGCCAGAAAGGUGAAUUCAAAUCUUUACGUUGUUGCCGAGUUGUUUUCAGGGUCCGAGGAGAUGGACAAGGUCUUUGUUGAAAGAUUGAGCAUCAACUCGUUGAUUAGAGAAGCCAUGCAGGCGUGGAGCGUGGGGGAGCUCUCGAGCUUGGUUCAUAAACAUGGUGGACGUCCAAUUGGAUCCUUGACUUGGUUGCCAUUGAGCGAGUUUUCGUAUCCAGCGGAGAAAGAACCCGAGCUUGCCAAAUCGCUCGACGGCUACACCGAGUUGGAAAUCCCCAAAGUGUUGACGAGCUCGAGACCGCACGCGAUUUUCAUGGAUUGCACCCAUGAUAACGAGAUGCCAGCUCAAAAGAGAACCGUUGAAGACACGUUGCCAAAUGCUGCCUUGGUUUCCUUCUGCUCUUCGGCAAUUGGUUCAGUUUACGGCUACGACGAGUGCUACCCGCACUUGCUCAACGUUGUUAGCGAAGACAGACUCUACAGUCUAAACGACGAGAAUGGAAUCGGCAAAGUCAAGGCUAAAUUAUACGCCAUCAGACACGAGUUGGCUGAAGAAAGCGAGGAUAUUGCGCGUGAUCACGAGAUGUACAUCCACCACGAGGGUCAAUACAUCACCAUCCAAAGAUACAACGCCAGAACAGGAAACGGGUGGUUCUUAAUUGCAAGAACCAAAUUUAGCGAGUUUGAGCCUGAGCAAAUAUUGACUCCCUCGGUGCUUGAUGGCACAAAAGUCAAGCAUGAAUUCAGUUACACGUUGAAGAAAGUGGGCGACUACGAGAAGAAUGACAAGUACCUCACCGGUAUCCCGGUCAAAGUAGAAGAUAUUGAGCAGCCAUCGGUGGAGUACAACAACGGCGACAGUGUCAUCAAGGUAAACUCUUCAUUUAUUCCAGGGUCGAUAUCCGUGUUCUCGACCGAGAUCCCCGGUGUCAACAAGGACCUAGACGAUUAUGUUCGACGCGGAGCAAUGGAAGCAUCGUUGGAUCUCAACUUGUACGAUUUGAACAAUUUGCUUUACAGAUGCUCACCCGAAGAGAUGGACGCAAGUGCCGGCAAGGAAGACGUUUACGACAUCCCCGGCUACGGGCGGUUGGUUUACGCGGGGCUCGAAGGAUGGCAAAGCGCGUUGAAGGGAGUCAUCUGGUCCAACGACCUUGGCAGUCCCAUUUGUGAUCAUCUUCGCGCAGGACACUGGGCUUUGGAUUACGUUGUCAACAGAUUGGACAAGUACACCAAGAACUCCGAGGCUUUGAAGAAGUUUCAGACCUGGUUAAGAGAAAGAUUUGAAGCGGUGAAGAAGGCGCCACACCCCUUGACGCCUCACUACUUUUGCUUGAUUGUGGGCAUUGCCUAUGAAGCGGCCCGUUUCAGGGUGUUGAGGCACCUUAGUAAGCAGAUUCAGCAAUCGACCAACUUUGUGCAGAGCUUGGCCAUGACCAGUGUGCAGAUGGUGGGGUACAUGAACAAUACCUCGUUGUUGCCUGACAAGUCCGUUCCCUGUCUUGCUGCUGGCUUGCCGCAUUUUAGCAGCGAUUACAUGAGAUGUUGGGGCAGAGACGUGUUCAUCUCCUUUAGGGGUCUCUUGAUUGUACUCGAGAGGUUCGAUGACGCCAAGCUCCACAUUCUUUCCUUUGCCAAAACCUUGAAGCACGGGUUGAUUCCAAAUCUCUUGGAUGCGGGAAGGAAUCCGAGGUACAAUGCCAGAGAUGCGGUUUGGUUUUUUUUGCAAGCCGUGCAAGAAUACGUUGUAAAUGUUCCCCAUGGUAUCGACAUUUUGGAUGAAAAAGUUAGUAGAAGAUUCCCCUUGGAUGACAGGUAUAUUUCGUUCGACGACCCGGAAGCGUUUAGCUACUCGUCCUCGAUCAAAGAUAUCAUUCUCGAGAUUUUCCAAAGACACGCCAAAGGGAUCAAGUAUAGAGAAGCCAACGCUGGUCCAAACCUCGACAUGCAGAUGAAGCCGGAAGGAUUCAAUGUUCAAGUUGCAGUUGAUUGGAACACCGGGUUUGUCCACGGAGGGCAGCAGCUCAAUUGCGGCACUUGGAUGGACAAGAUGGGAGAAAGCGAACGAGCCCACAACAAAGGAAUCCCCGGUACUCCGAGAGAUGGAGCAGCGGUUGAGAUUCAAGGGUUAUUAAAGAGCGCCUUGAGAUGGGUCAGCAAACUACACAAGGAUGGCGAAUUCAGUGCCCCCGGUGUUGAAAAGCCCAACGGCGAGACAAUCACUUGGGCCGAGUGGGAUAGCCUUGUGCAAGAAAACUUUGAAAAAAAGUUCUACGUUCCAGAAGAUGCUCAGGAAGACCACUUGUACGACAUUGAUGGAUCUUUAGUCAAUAGGAGAGGUAUUUACAAGGACUUGUACAAAUCGGGCAAGCCCUACGAGGACUACCAAUUGCGUGCCAAUUUCCCCAUCGCCAUGUGCGUUGCACCCGAGCUAUUCGACCCCCACCAUGGCCUCGUUGCCAUCAACAACGCCGACCGGAUCAUCCGUGGUCCCGUUGGUAUUCGAACCUUGGACCCACUGGACUACAACUACCGUCCCUACUACAACAACUCUAUAGACAACGACGACUUUGCCACGUCAAAGGGAAGAAACUACCACCAAGGGCCGGAAUGGGUCUGGUGCUUUGGCUAUUUCUUGCGUGCAUUCUUGCUUUUCAAUUUCACCGAGGCCGAAGGAGGACAGGAGCCCUCGCUUGAGCUCUUUACCGCGUUGAACAACAGGAUCCAGGGCCACAUCAAGUGGAUCAGAGAAAGUGCGUGGGCUGGUUUGACCGAGUUGACAAACAAGGACGGCCAGUUUUGUGGUGACUCGAGUCCAAGUCAAGCCUGGAGUACGUCCUGUUUGUUGGAUUUGUACUAUGACUUGUGGAAUGAUCAACGCUAUCACAAGUAA